AUGACAUCCUCAAUGCAGCCUCUAUCCGCCCAGCUAACCGAUGAGUUCCCUGAAGGUGGCUACGGCUGGGUAUGCGUGGUCUCUGUAUUCCUGAUCAACGCUCAUACCUGGGGUAUCAAUGGAGCAUUCGGGGUCAUUCUUUCAUUCUACAUUUCAGAAAACGAGUUCCCAGGCACCUCAUUCCUCGUCUAUGCAGCCGUAAGCGGCCUCAGCAUCUCCUGCGCGCUAUUGAUCGCACCAAUAGUCACAUACCUCACUCCGGUCCUUCCCAAUCGCACAUUGAUUAUCCUAGGUGCCUUCCUCGUGUCCGCCUCUCUAAUCGGCGCAUCAUUUACCACGCAAAGCUGGCAACUGUGGCUCAGCCAGGGCAUCUGCUAUCGACUCGGCAUGGGCUGCCUCUUUAUUAGCACAGUUGGCAUAGCAAAUGGCUGGUUCAAAGGGAGCCGUGGAAUCGACAACGGCAUUCCAUACCGCAUGAUCGAACAGUUGGGCUUCCGCUGGGCGUUCCGUGUCCUCGGAAUUGUCUCGCUCACUGUGAAUCUCGUGGCUGGCCUGCUUGUUCGUGAGUUCCCAGGACUUCCACGCAACAAAGGCGGAGGCUUCGGGUGCGCCACCUUCCGACAGCCAACAUUCAUUCUAUUUCUCACCUGGGGCUUCUUCGGCCUCUUCAGUUAUGUCUCCAUGCUAUUCAGCCUAGCCAGCGACGCGCAGGCUUUAGGGCUGGAUUCCAAUACGGGGAGCAUCGCUAGCGCGCUUCUUAAUCUGGGCCAGGCGUUUGGGCGGCCGCUGGUGGGUGCGCUUAGCGACCGAUUCGGGAGGAUCAAGGUGCCCGCGAUUGCGUGCGGGUUGUGUGGGCUACUGUGCUUGGUUUUCUGGCCGUUCGCGACGAGCCCCGGGGCGCUUUUUGCGUUCUCACUACUGGCUGGGCUGGGCGCAGGAACGGUGUGGGCAGCUGCUGCGUCAGUCGCGGCAGAAUUGGUGGAGUUGCCCCGGGUUCCUGGGGCGUUGACGGUGCUUUGGUUGGUACUUGUUUUCCCGGGGACGGUGGCGGAGGUUGUCGCAUUGCGAUUGAGACAGCAUGAGGGGAGUGAGGCUACGCGAGGAGGUUAUCUGCCGGUGCAGAUGUUUGUGGGUGCAGGGUAUUUGGCUGCGGCGGCCGCACUAGGGGGGUUGCCCUGUUAA